CGACGCCGUUGCUGAGGCUUCAAGAUGGCGGAAGCCCUGACAUCCCAAGAAGAGCUGGCCGUGGAGGAGUUUCUGACGGAGCUGAAGAAUCGGGAGCAGCACAGCGUGGUGAUGGUGUCCCAGAGCACGGCCGUCAAGUUCCUCAUGGCUCGUAAGUUUGACAUCUCGAGAGCCAUCGACCUCUUCCAGGCCUACAAGAACACCAGACUAAAAGAGGGAAUUUUCAACAUCAACCCAGACGAGGAACCCCUGCGGUCAGAGUUACUCAGCGGGAAGUUCACAGUUCUGCCUGGCCGAGACUCCAAAGGAGCUGCGCUGGCCCUGUUCACUGCUCGGCACCACCGACCGGACAUAACUACCCACAAGGCUGUGCUGCAGGCCAUCAUCUACCAGCUGGACAAAGCCAUCGAAAGCAUUCAGACGCAGCGGGACGGCCUCGUGUUCAUCUACGACAUGACCAACUCCACGUACGGAAACUUCGACUACGAGCUGUGCGUGAAGAUCCUGAACCUUCUCAAAGGUGCGUUUCCUGCCCGCCUCAAGUGCGUCUUCAUCGUGUCGUCCCCUCUGUGGUUCCGCGCGCCCUUCGCCGUCCUGCGCCUCUUCGUCAGGGAGAAGCUGAGAGAAAGGGUGUGCACGGUGAAGGCCCACGAGCUGGCCGACCACAUCCCCAUGGAGUCCCUCCCGGAGCACCUGGGCGGCUGCUCCCAGUACAACCACAUCGCCUGGAUCCAGGCGUGCGUGAACUCCAGCCAGGGCGAGCUGCGGGAGGGGACGGACGGGGACUGCGUGGGCACCCUGCUCAGCUCCUACUGCCUGGAUCAGAUGCCCCCCGCCGACGGGCUCAACUCCAACUGCGCCGACGAUGACAGCAACGCCAACCUGCACAAUCACUGCCAGCGGCAGGACAGGACUAGCACGAGCUCCGAGCCGCCCCGCGGACCCCCUCACCACGCCCACUGGAACGGAGGGGUGCGGGGGGCGCUGGGCACGGGCGCGGGGGAGGGGGACGCUGCUAAAGAGAGCGGGGAGUGCGACGGCAGCCCCAACGCCAACAGAAACGGACGAGGCCACCAGCCCCCGCCCCAGUCGGACACGCCCCCGGACACGCCCGUCAACCACAAACACGGGGGAGGGAUUCUGGGAGGGGGGGGGGCCGUGGUGUCGGAGGGGCGGGGUGAGGAUGAGGACGAUGCGGAGGGGGAGGGGGAGGAGGAGGAAGGGGCAGAAGAGGGCGGGCUGGGGGUGCCGCCGCUGCCGCAGAAGUCGCGGCUGUCCCAGAGCCCCGCCCUCUCGUCCCUCUCCUCCUCGCCCGGGCGGGGCCUGGAGCUGUCCGUACACAUGCCCGAGCCUGGCGGCAUGGCCGUCAAGGAGCUGGUGCAGCACGUGAAGAGGAGCAGGAAGAAGGGCAUCUACCAGGAGUACGAGGAGAUCCGCAAGGAGCCGCCUUCCGGCACCUUCCACUGCUCGAAGAAACCUCAGAAUCAGAUCAAGAACAGGUACAGCGAUGUCCUCUGCCUCGACCAGUCCCGCGUCAAGCUGAGCCCACUGAACGAUGAUGAGGAUGAGACCUCAGAUUAUAUCAAUGCAAGUUUUAUGGAUGGGUACAAGAGAAGCAAUGCCUAUAUUGCCACUCAGGGGCCUUUGCCAAAAACAUUUGGUGACUUCUGGCGCAUGGUGUGGGAACAAAUGGUUUUAAUCAUCGUGAUGACAACAAGGGUGGUGGAGCGGGGCCGCGUCAAAUGCGGCCAGUACUGGCCCCUGGAGGCAGGCCGCACCGAGGAGCACGGACAAUUCCUGGUCAAGAACAGCCACAUCGAGAUGUUCCAGGACUUCAAGCUGUCACACCUGGAGCUCUGUAACUGUGAGACAGGGGAGCGGCGGGAAGUGGCCCACUACCUUUACAUGAGCUGGCCUGAUUUCGGAGUGCCAAAAUCCGCCUCUGCCAUGCUGGACUUCAGGGCCCAGGUCAAGCAGCACCAGGAGGCUGCGUUCCGGGCCAUGAGCGCCAACUGGACAGGGCCUCCAGGGGGCCCCCCUGUGGUGGUCCACUGUAGCGCAGGCAUCGGAAGAACUGGCACCUUCUGCACGCUGGACAUCUGCCUGUCGCGGCUGGAGGACAUCGGCACGGUGGACGUGAAGCAGACGGUCCGCCGCAUGCGUACGCAGCGCGCCUUCAGCAUCCAGACCUGGGACCAGUACUACUUCUGCUACACGGCCGUCAUCGAGUACGCCCAGCGGCGCGGCCUGCUGGCGCCCGUCGAGUGGUCCGACUCCGACCUGGAGACGGACAGCGAGUGAGGCGCGGAGAGAGAGAGAGGGACUGAGGAAAAAAAAAAAUUAAAAAAAGAACGAA